AUGGUGAAGGUCGGAGUGAACAAAUUUGGCCGAAUUGGAUGCCUGGUUGCCAGAGCUGCCUUCCAGACUGGCAACGUUGAAAUUGUUGCCAUCAAUGAUCCCGUCAUUGACCUCAACUACAUGGUCUACAUGUUCCAGUAUGACUCUACCCAUAGCAAGUUCAAUGGUAUAGUCAAGGCUGAGAACAGGAAGUUUGUCAUCAACGGGAAGGCCAUCACCAUCUUCCAGGAGCGAGAUCCCGCCAACAUCAAGUGGGGUGAGGCUGGUGCUGAGUAUGUUGUGGAGUCCACUGGUGUCUUCACCACCAUGCAGAAGGCUGGGGCCCACUUGAAGGGCGGGGCCAAAAGGGUCAUCAUCUCCGCCCCUUCUGCUGAUACCCCCAUGUUUGUGAUGGGUGUGAACCAUGAGAAGUACGACAAUUCACUCAAGAUUGUCAGCAAUGCUUCCUGUACCACCAACUGCUUAACCUCUCUGGCCAAGGUCAUCCAUGACAACUUUGACAUUGUGGAGGGACUCAUGACCACAGUCCAUGCCAUCACUGCCACCCAGAAGACUGUGGAUGGCUCCUCUGGGAAGCUGUGGUGUGAUGGCCGUGGGGCUGCCCAGAACAUCAUCGCUGCAUCCACCGGUGCCACCAAGGCUGUGAGCAAGGUCAUCCCAGAGCUGAACGGGAAGCUCAUGGGCAUAGCCUUCCGUGUUCCUACCCCUAAUGUGUCUGUCGUGGAUCUGACAUGCCGCCUGCAGAAACCUGCCAAGUAUGAUGACAUCAAGAAGGUGGUGAAGCAGGCGUCAGAAGGCCCACUAAAGGGCAUCCUGGGCUACACUGACGACCAGGUUGUCUCCUGUGACUUUAACAGUGACCCCCACUCUUCUACCUUCGAUGCUGGGGCUGGCAUUGCUCUCAAUGACAACUUUGUGAAUCUCAUUUCCUGA